AUUCGUGGGUUUCGCCGCGCAGUAGCGCCCCGUUGCUUCUCCGAAGCGGUGAGCCCUGGAGAUCCGGAGCCGAGGGUUUGGGGCCCGCGGGAGGCUCUUCUAGGGAGGCCGCCGGACUUGGAUCAUAGAAGCACUUAGGAGACGCGGUGCAGUCGAACAGAGCCACCAUGGGGUCGACAGCCCCGGGGCCCAUUCACCUGCUCGAGCUAUGUGACCAGAAGCUCCUGGAAUUUAUCUGCAAUGUGGACAACAAGGACUUGGUGUGGCUCGAAGAGAUCGAGGAGGAGGCUCGGCGCAUGUUCACCAGUGAAUUCAGCAAGGAGCCCGAGCUGAUGCCUAAGACUCCUUCUCAGAAGAACCGACGGAAGAAGAGGCGGGUUUCUUACAUUCAGGAUGAAAACAGAGACCCCAUCCGGAAAAGCAGGUUGUCCCGCAGAAGGACCCGGAGCAGCCAGCUGAGCUCCCGGCACCUCCGCAGCAAGGACAAGGUGGAGAAGCUGGCUACCGUGGUCGGCGAGAACGGCUCCGUCCUGCGGAGGGUGACCCGUGCUGCGGCCGCAGCUGCGGCGGCCACCGCGGCAGUGGCACCUCCUUCGCCUGCGCCUGAGUCUCCCAUGGCGCUGACCAAGGAGCCUGAGAAUAGCCCGGCCCAGGGCCAGCUGGUGCCCGUGGUGGAGAUCGGCGUGGGCGAGCGCCGGAGCGCAGAGCAGCACCUGGGCCAGCUCAGGGCCACCCGCACGCCUUCCCCGGCUCCAUCCCCUCCAGCCACGGCUCCUGCUGCCCACAGCAUCCUGAUCUCCGAUGAGGAAUCGACACCCCAGAAGCCGGAGGCUGGGAGACUGGGGUCUGUCACCGUGAGCUCCCUGAUGGCUACGCCCCAGGACCCCAAGGGCCGAGGGGUCGGAGCAAGCCGGUCUGCCUCCAAGCUCAGGAUCGCAGAGGCUUCCCCAGGCCCACAGGACUCAGCGGGCUCUCUGGCGUCGCCGUGGCAGGAGCGGGUGCUGGCUCCCCUCCUGCCCCAUAACUGCUCCACGCCCACGGGCGCCCGGGUGGGCCUGCAGGCGGUGCGGCGCAGCCUGAUCGCCCCGUCCUCCCCGGGCCGCCAGGGCUUGCUGGCCCAGAAGUACUCGCUGGUGGCCACACAGGAGAAAGCAGUGCGCAGGUCAAGCAGAAGGCUAGGCAAGAAAGCCGCUGAAGAGCCAGCUGCCUCCGCCCGUAUCAUCUGUCACAGUUACCUGGAGAGGCUCCUGAAUGCUGAAGUGCCCCAGAAAGUUGGCCCUGAGCAGAAGCAGCCCAUUGAGGAGGCCAAGGGUGUACAGGCGGCUGAGCCAGAGGGCCCUGAGCAAGACAGGAGUGCCUUGUGGCCCCGCAGUGCCACCAAGAUCGCCGUUAGCACACCUGGCUCGCAGCCUGUGACUGGUGGCCCAGAAACGCCCUCCAAAGGGCAGCAAGAGCCCAAGACUGACCAUGCAGAUGGCCCCAGGGAGCCACCCCAGAGUGUCAGGAGGAAGCGUAGCUACAAGCAGGCCGUGAGUGAACUGGACGAGGAGCAGCAACUGGAGGACGAGGAGCUGCAGCCCCCCAGGAGCAAGACCCCUUCCCCACCCUGCCCAGCCAGCAAGGUGGUGCGGCCCCUCCGGACCUUCCUGCACACCGUGCAGAGGAACCAGAUGCUCAUGACCCCGACCUCGGCCCCCCGUGGCAGUGUCAUGAAGUCCUUCAUCAAGCGCAACACUCCCCUGCGCGUGGACCCUAAGUGCAGCUUCGUUGAGAAGGAGCGGCAGCGCCUGGAGAACCUGCGGAGGAAGGAGGAGGCCGAGCAGCUCCGCCGGCAGAAGGUGGAGGAGGACAAGCGGCGGAGGCUGGAGGAGGUGAAGCUGAAGCGGGAGGAACGUCUCCGCAAGGUGCUGCAGGCCCGGGAGCGGGUGGAGCAGUUGAAGGAGGAGAAGAAGAAGCAGAUCGAGCAGAAGUUUGCUCAGAUCGACGAGAAGACUGAAAAGGCCAAGGAGGAGCGGCUGGCGGAGGAGAAAGCCAAGAGGAAGGCAGCGGCCAAGAAGAUGGAGGAGGUGGAGGCGCGCCGCAAGCAGGAAGAGGAGGCGCGAAGGCUCAGGCGGCUGCAACAGGAGGAGGAAGAGCGGCGCCACCAGGAGCUGCUGCAGAAGAAGAGGGAGGAGGAGCAGGAGCGGGUGCGCCGGGCGGCCGAGGCCAAGAGGCUGGCGGAGCAGCGGGAGCACGAGCGGCAGCUGGCAGAGCAGCGGGAGCAGGAGCGCAGGAAGGAGCAGGAGCGGCUCCAGGCCGAGAGGGAGCUGCAGGAGAGGGAGAAGGCCCUGCGGCUGGAGAGGGAGCUGGAGGAGAAGAAGAAAAAGGAAGAGCAGCAGCGCCUGGCCGAGGAGCGGCUGCGGGAGGAGGAGCAGCGGAAGGCCAGGGGGGCCGCGGAGGCCAGCAAAGGCCUGAACGUGACCGUGGACGUGCAGUCUCCAGCUUGUACCUCAUAUCAGAUGACUCCACAGGGGCCCAGGCAGCCCCCCAAGAUCAACCCGGAUAACUACGGGAUGGAUCUGAAUAGCGAUGACUCCACCGAUGAUGAGGCGCAUCCCCGGAAGCCCAUCCCUACCUGGGCCAGAGGCACUCAGCUAAGCCAGGCCAUCAUCUACCAGUACCACCACCCCCCAAACCUGCUUGAGCUCUUCGGAACCAUUCUCCCACUGGACUUGGAGGACAUCUUCAAGAAGAGCAAGCCUCGCUACCACAAGCGCACCAGCUCUGCCGUCUGGAACUCGCCGCCCCUGCUGGGCUCCAGGGUCCCCAGCAGCCUGGCCUACAGCCUAAAGAAGUACUGAGCACCCCCCGCCCCCACUCCUGGCCUUCCCAGCAGUCUCCACCCGCCUGUGUGUAUGUGUGUCUGUCCACCUCUCUGUUGGUCUGGUGCCAUCCUGCCUGGCAUUCCGUCUCCGGGGGGUUGGCCGUGUGUAUAUAAGUGUCCUCUGUGCGCUGCGGGUAGCAAGUGGCGCGGGCCUGUUGGGAGGCUGCACUAGGCGGGUGGUUGGGGGAGAACCGGCCCAGCCCCACCUGGCCUGCAGACAGCACUCUGUACAUAGACCAUUAGAAUUCAGCGAAUUUUAGCCUCUAGUGUUUGAGAGCUAGAUCAAUAAAGUCUGUUGCUUUAAGCCUACUUGUGGGUAUCAUGGAGAUGGGGGCCUUGGCAGAAUGCCCUGGCCUCACAGACGUUGUGUCUUAGGCCACCAAGGGGCUGGGGGACCAAGGCACUCUUCCCUGUCCUGGAGUAUGCUCCCUGCUGACGCAGUGGGUGAUUCUAAUGCCACCUUUGGGCUGAGAAACACUUCGGUUAACUUGCAUGGCGGGGCAAGUUUCGGAUUUCCUGGGGAGUUCCCUGUGUGUAAAAGGGGGCUCGUUCAAAGGGAGAGACCUGGGGCUGAGGUCAGGAGGACCGGGCUCGGGACACAGCUCUGCCACCCAAGACAGCGCCUCGGCCCCGUGGGCUCCACGCUUGCCACGUGGAAGGUCAGAGGACUUGAGAACGGAUGCACGCUGCUAAAGCAGGAGCUCUGAUUGCAAAGAUGGCUCCUGAAACCCCGUUGGGACCAACGCUUGCAAGCGGUUGGAAUGUUUCUCCAAGGAAACCUGUUCGCUGCUAAUUAAGUGCUGUGUGUCCGUGAAGCUGGCCCGGGGCCUCCCGGUAGCUGCCUGCUGCGUUCUCAGGCGUUUGCAGCCCCCAGAACAGAGGUUGGCGAACUGUGGCCUCAUGGGCCAAAUCAAACCUCAGCCCGAUUUUAUGAAGUUUUAUUGGAACCUUCCCAGUUGGAACAAAUGCCUCUGGUCUCCGGCUCCUCUGCCGAGGGCAGAGUUAAGGAAUUGCAACCGAAGUCUGAUGGCCCACAGAUCUGAAAGUACUUCCUCGGACCCUUUACAGAAAGCUUGCUGGCUCCUGCGUUAGGACAAAGUAAAGGUUGAAUUCCAGAAUGUCCGAAAAUGAGGAACUCGUGAACACACACAACAGACACAAGUUUAGAGGAGUCCAGCCCUAAAAAAAGAAACUUGGGGACGCCUGAGUGGCCCUGUCGGUUAAGUGUCUGACUUCGGCUCAGGUCAUGGUCUCACGGUUUGGGAGUUCAAUCGAGCCCCGCAUCGGGCUUCUCGCUGACUGAGAUUCCCUGGCUCUCUCGGGCUCUCUGCCCCUCCCCCACACUCUCUCAGAAUAAACUUAAAAAAGAAACAUUUGACAGUUCACUCCAAUAUGGUGCCCAGUCCCAAUUUGUUCGGUACGCACGCAGGCUGGAAGCUGUUGUGUUGAGUCCAUCGGUGUGUCCUUACCUAAAACCACAGUGUCCAAAUAUUACUUUUUCUGAGCAUUUUUGCGUUCAAGAAAAAGUUGUUAGGCUCAGCAAAAAGGUAGUUCUAAUUGCCGCACAUCUUCACCAGCCCUCAGUAUCAGCAGUAUUUUUUUAUUUUAGGCGUUCUGUUCCGUAGUGAAAUCGCAUCAUGGUUGUAAACUUUUAUGGUUUUGAGAGACAGAACAGGGGAGGGGCGGAGGGAGAGGGGGAGAGAGAGAAUCCCAAGCAGGCCCCACCCUCUGUGCUAAGCCUGGGUAGGGGGUGGGUGGGCUGGAUCCCACGACCAUGAGAUCAUGACCUGAGCUCAAAUCAAGAGUCGCUAGCUCAACCGACUGAGCCACUGGCGCCCUCAUCAUGGUUUUAAUGUACAUUCUGCUAAUGGCGGAGGAUGGUGAACAUUUUUCCACGUGCUUAUUUACCAUCUGUAUAUCUUGGAUGAAGUGUCUGGUCAAGGCUUUGUUCCUGUGUAAAUUGGAUUGUUUUCUUACCUUCGAGUUUAGAAUCUUUAUGUAUUAUGGAUACAGAUCGGCUGUCAAUAUGCGCUUUGCAGUAUUUUUUUCUUGAUCCGCAGCUUUUUUCAUUCGCUUAACGGAGUUAAAUUUAAAUUUGGUGGAGCCUAGUUUACCAAUUUUCUUUUUUCUUUUACGGAUUGUAACUCUUUGGUGUCACAUCUAAGAACUCUUUGGUUCUCAAAGCCUUGGAUCAAAGCUUUUCCCUUAUAUUGUCUCUUAAAUGUUUUAUAGUUUUAGAAAUACUACAUUUAGGUUUAUGAUCUACUUUGAGUUAAUUUUUUUUAAGCGUGAGAUUUAUGGGUUUUGUUUGGUUUGGAGGGGCGUAUGGGUCUAUAUCCAAUUGUUCCAUGACCAUUUGUUGAAAAAACUGUUUUCCACUGAA